GCACAGGCUGCUGUCAGGACUCGAGAUGCACGACUCGCACACGGAGGAGCGGGAGCCUCUUCCUCCACUCGCUCGCUCUGCACAUUUGAUGCACGUCAAACGGGCUCUAGCGCAACUUCCUGGCCAGCAAGUCAGUUUAGACUCGUCCAGGAUGUCCAUCAUCUUCUAUUGCAUCGGAACUAUGGAUUUGCUUGGUGUGCUUCACCAAGAAACCACCGAAAUGGACCGGGCCUCGUGGCGCAGCUGGGUCUGGGAGCAAUACACCGGUGGAUCUUUCGGCGCUGGAUUCAGACCGGGGCCUUUCAUGUCUACCAAUUCGCCGACUCCUCUUCUCGCACCACACAUCAUCAUGACGUACACUGCACUGCUUUGUUUGGCCCUUCUGCGCGACGAUUUCACGAGAUUGAGCCGCUCUGGUCUCGCGCAUUUCGUCAAAUCCUGCCAGAAGGCAGAUGGCAGUUUCUCGGCGAUGCCGUUUGGUGUGGGCGACUGUGACCUGCGAAAUCUAUAUUGCGCAUUCGGCAUCUGCGCCCUGCUGAAGAGUUGGUCGUCCAUCAAUGUCGAGCGAGCUGUGGCGUACAUCGCUUCUUGCCGCACUUAUGAAGGAGGAUAUGGGCAAACACCGGGCGCAGAGGCUCACGGUGGCACAACUUAUCUGGCCAUCGCAGCGCUGCAGAUGGUUACGCACUCAUCACGCCCGAGGCUCUCACCUUCGGAGAAGGAUCGGACUAUCUACUGGCUUGUGCACAACCAAGACGCAUCCGGGGGAUUCCGCGGCCGGACAGGGAAGAUGCCCGACGCCUGCUAUUGCUUCUGGGGUGGUGGCGCUCUCCAGAUUCUCGGCGAGCAGGACAAAGUGGACGCCUAUGCCUUUGUAAACUUUAUCUCAGCAUGCCAGUUUUCGUAUGGCGGCAUCGCCAAAGCUCCCGGCCAAUACCCUGACCCUUAUCACACUUAUCUCGCACUUGCUGCUGCGGCAAUGUAUACUCCGCUUCUCAGCACGUCUGCACUCGCCUACGGGCACAACGGCUGGAAUGUACUCGCUGUUGGUCCGUUCAAUCCUCUCUUUAAUGCCCGCGAGGAGGUGGUCCAAUGGGCCCGCCAACAUAUACCCUGUCGGCUAUAGCCGCUGAACCACACUGUGUGCCUAUUGAUUCCCAUCCAUUUCUCUGCGUUUGGUAACGAGCGAGUUGGUUUUUUACGUAACUGGUAUUCAAAAUCGUAGUUUUCGGACGUAAGGCCCGUAUCAGCGAGGCCAGUACGUACUUAUGUACAUACGGCGUACAAUGCUCCACGUGCG